AUGAAUAAGCUAACGUCAUACACGAUAAAAGAAAUUCAUAAAGCAUAUCACGAUAAACUGCUGACACCUACAAGUUUCGUAGAUUUGUGUUUACAAAAGGCGCGACAGACGAGCGAUUUAAAUGCAUUCGUGAAUAUAACUGAAGACGUCGCCGAAAACCAUGGCAUCGAAAGUGAGAAGAGGUUCUACAUCGACAAGAAUAUAAAGCCUUUAGACGGUAUAACGGUCGCGAUCAAAGAUAAUUUCUGCACAAAAAAUAUAGCGACGACCUGCGCCUCUGAAAUGUUGAGGAGUUUCGUGCCAACGUACGACGCUACGGUUUACGCGAGAUUAAUAAACAAUGGUGCAUGUCUCGUAGGCAAAAGUAAUCUUGACGAGUUUGCAAUGGGCUCAGGCACUGUGGAUUCGAUUUUCGGGCCUACGCGCAACUCUUGGGGUAACAAUGGCGAGACUGAUUGGAGGAUAGCUGGUGGCAGCUCAGGGGGGAGUGCCGUCGCUGUAAGCAGUGGCGCCUGUGUCGCCGCUAUCGGCUCUGAUACUGGAGGUUCCACAAGGAAUCCCGCUGCAUUGUGUGGGGUCGUUGGCCUCAAGCCCACUUACGGUUUGGUCUCCCGAUAUGGUCUUAUCCCCUUAGUGAACUCUAUGGACGUGCCUGGCAUCCUCGCAAGAAAUGUGGAGGAUGCCACGAGAAUUCUAAAUUGUAUUGCUGGACCUGAUGAAUUGGAUUCUACAACAAUUAAGAGAGAACACAAACCGGUAAAAUUGGAAGAUGACUUUGACUUGUCUAAUGUGAAGAUAGGUAUACCACAGGAAUAUCAUUGUGAAGCGACGAUCAACGCGGAGAUCCUAUCGAGGCUCAACGUAUCAAUCGACGGGCUACCACAGAAAUGUCAGGAACUGCUUCAUAAGGCGGCCACUGCCCAAGGCGUAGUGGACAUAGACCAACUGGAUCCGAUCGCGAUUUCCCUACAACUGUCGCAUCAGCUAUCUCAGAAGAUGACCGACGAGUAUGAAAUACUGAAGCUCCGCCAGAAGAACGUGGAGCUGCAAGCGGAAAUGAACCGUAAUGCCAGGUUUUUGGAUGGCUUGAGGUCAGAAUUGCAAAGCUCGAGAGACUCCUUGGCAGGUCGCAACCCCAAUCCCGACAGUAUACAAGAGCACAUAAAGCAAAUGAAGCAAAAGGUGGCUUCCUACGAAGAGAGCUAUAAAAAGGCUAUGGCUAAAUUCUCCAAGCUGGCGGUACCUGAAUGUGAAAUGCCCGAGAAGCUUCGGGCUCAGCUGGUGGCACUGGAGACCCUGAAGGCUGACGAGGCCCAGUGGCGCCUCAGAGCGGACGAUGCACUCUUCGCCAGCCGGGCCAGGGACACCUUCAGCAGGCUCCGAAGA